AAUGACAAACACAGAGGCAUCCUCCAUAGGCACUUUCCACUGACUAGACUACAGAAAAACAGAGAGACAGUGUGUAUGUGCGUGUGUGCGCGUGCGUGUGUGUAUGCUUAUACCAGUAAAAUAAUUCUAACACUAGCCAAGGUUGAAUAUCUGUCACAAUAUGCUACAAUACAUAAUAGACUGCUAUCGCAUAAUUUAUAAAAAAAUUGACAAUAUGCAACAAUAGUGUUUUUUCUGCAAAGGCAAAAGAAGGGAAGCAACAUCAUUUGUUGACCGUCAUUCCUGUGGUAUGCGUGUGUCUGCUGCGUGCCGCCGCCUGUGGGCUCCCCUUAGGAAGAAGAAAAAGUGAUGCAAACGCGAUGCCAGUCAUGAAGCGGUGCAGCGGGGAGGAGGAUUCCCAUCACACCAAGAUGGCGGCGAGGCGCACAGCCGGCACGGUAGCGCGCUGAGAGACGGGGGACAGACACAGGGAGACACAUUGUCAUUGCUUAUCUUCUGGUCAUCACUGACAUGGACCAGUGUUAAGGAGGGACUCAUCGACACAAGGCGUCCGAGGACUAAUUUCAUCUUGCACGAGGUGUGUGCGUCGGGCGGUGAUGGGACAGGAUGAUGGAGGACAAAGGCCCCCGUGUUGCCGACUACUUUGUCGUGGCCGGUCUGACCGACUCGUCCACGCCGCUGGAGCAGGAGCUCCGCUUCGACGACGCCUGCCACAAGACGGCCAAGGCCCGGGCGCCCAUCACGGACGUGGCGGUGGUGGUGCGCUCCCUCGGUGAGGAGGUGCCGGCGGGCUUCGCCUGCGUGGAGACCACGCCCACGGGGCUCUCGGCCGACCUGAACAGCGGCGGCAUCAUGGCGCCGCAGAUCUUCCUCUGCUACCGGCGAGGCCGCGACAAACCGCCGCUCACCGACCUGGGGGUGCUGUACGAGUGGAAGGAGCGGCUGAAGCCGGGCUGCCACCUCAUCCAGACCACGCCCUACGGCCGGCCGGGCCAACAUCAGCAGCACCUCGUCGCAGCGCAUCUACGUCACGUACCGCCGCGCACCGACGGCCAGCCGCACGCCGCCCUGGCCGUCACCGACAUCUGCAUCAUCGUGCCGGCCAAGGGCGAGACGCCGCCGCACACCUUCUGCAGGUGGACAAGAACCUCAACAGCAGCAUGUGGGGAUCCGCUGUAUAUCUGUGUUACAAGAAAUCAGUCGCAAAGACCAACAUGAUCGCCUACAAAGCAGGUGAGCAACCAAACAAACCCUGUUUCAUUAUGAAUCAUCGAUACAUCAGGCAGAGAAGAAGAGUGUUGUGACCGAUCCUCCAGAGAGGUUGGGUGGGCGAGAUAGCUUUCCCGAACGUGAUUCAUCUGAGCUGUGUCUAAAUUGAUGUGCGGGAUUAUGGGAUUAUGGGGAGACUGAUUCAAAGAUUUGCUGGGGUUGACGAGGACAAGAAUUAUAAAUACUGAUUAACUGUCUUUAAUGGACCAUUAUAGAGCCCCUUCAACGUUUUACAGUUUGUAGCGCAUGUUCAUUUUGACGUAUCU